AUGGCAGAGUUACGAUGCAAGCAAGCAGCCACCCUACCAAUUAGAGCCUUGGCAAUGAAAAGAAAGCUGAGCAUUGCCAUGGUUUCCGACUUUUUCUAUCCGUCAAAUGGAGGAGUAGAGACACACAUAAGGUAUCUUGGAGAAGAGCUUAUAAUGAUGGGGCAUAAGGUCAUUGUGAUUACACACAAGGCAGGAGACCACGUUGGAUGUAGAAUGGUGGGAAACAUCAAGACAUAUUUCCUGGACAUUCCUAUUGUAUGCAGGAAUGUUGCAUUUCCCAGUCUUUUCUCAAAUUUCUCGCUGCUUAAAGAGAUAUUUGAUGAGGAAGAAGUUGAAAUAGUCCAUGGGCACCAAACCAUGUCAAGCAUGUGCAUAGAGGCAUUGUUCCAUGCGAUUACAUUGAACCUGAAGACAGUAAUAACUGAUCACUCGAUAUUUGAGGUGGGGCCGUUCGAAAACAUUGUUGUGAAUGCAUUGUGUAGGUUCGUAUUGAAAAGUGUUGGCAGGUGUAUUUGCGUCACAUACACGUCAAAAGAAAACACACAUCUGAGAACACACGUUCCUCUCGAUAAAAUCCAUGUGAUCCCAAACGCAAUGCUUUCUGAGCUUUUCUAUCCAGAUCGAGAUAGGGCUCGCAAUGGCAAGGUUGUGAUCAUUGUAUGCAGGCUUGUGUAUAGAAAAGGCGUGGAUUUGCUUGCUGGAGCCAUUCCAAUCGUAUGCAAAGCGGACCCAGAUGUAAGGUUCAUCAUAGUUGGUGAUGGGCCAAUGAGAGAAUGCAUCGAACAGGCUUUGGACGAGCACGGCCUGUAUGAUAGGGUUGAUAUGAUGAGUGAUGUAUGCCAUGAACAGGUCGGCAGUAUAAUGAGAAAAGGAGAUGUUUUCCUAAAUGCAUCCCUGACAGAAGCAUUCUGCAUAGCAAUAGUAGAGGCUGCCUCUUGUGGCCUGCAUGUUGUCAGCACAAAUGUUGGAGGCGUGCAUGAGGUUCUUCCCCCAGAUAUGAUUACAUUCAGCAGGCUCACAGCACAUGAUCUUGCCAAAAAUGUGCUGAAUGCAUUGAAGAAGCAUAACCAUGAUAAGCAUGACUAUAACCAACGACUUAAGAGCAUAUACAAUUGGAGAAGAGUUGCAGAAAUGACAGAGGAUGUCUAUACAGGAAUGAAAGCCACCAAAACAAAUUAUAUCCAGAGACGAAGGCUGUAUAAAGGAAUGUCUGGAUUCAUAUUCAGAUUGUUCAUUACCAUCGAAUACAUACUUCUCUAUGCAAUCAGCACAUCUAAAUAA